AACGAAACCCCUUAGGAACAAUUCCGACGUCGUUCUUUCUUUUAGCCCUACGGAUCUUUUCAUGGGUCAAAUGGGCCGGAUACCGGCCCAUUUGAUGUUUAGUCUCUCUCUAUAGAGGAAUUCCGUUCGUGUCGUCUAUGUUUUGGUCCCAGAUAUGUCGACGAACCAACCUCCUCAGCGCAAGCGAAAGGUCGGAGAAGUCACUCCGACGGCGGGAGAAGUCACUCCGACGGCGGCGGAAGAAGGUAAGACCUAUUAUGUUUUGGAGGAAGGAAAGUAUGUUCCUGUAAAGAAAGUAGGAGGAGGAAGUUACGUCUCACCCCCGGCGUGCGAAUCAGACGAGGAUGUUGAUCCGGUUCUGGAAACCGAGUAUUAUCGCCAAAUUCGCGAAUCAGGCGGAUUUGACUUGAACAUGUCUAUUCCGAAUGGUUCAAUGUUGCCGUUCAAAUGUUCAGAUGAUGAUCGGGACGAGAUUGCCAUUUGUGCUAAGUUGGGACUUCAUUGGUACAAUUUUCAACGGGGCUCAAACUUUCAGCUGCUGCGAUUAGAGAAAUAUAACUCUAUACUCACCGGACUAUGCACCUAUUAUAUAACUGCAGAUGCUAUGGAUCCAGCCAGUGACUCACGUUUUGUUUUCCAGACGUGUGUUACGAGAUGUUCGUGUAUGACUUUCGAAGACUUUAGAAUAGAGACUGAAGUUUGUAGAAUAAAACCCGAAACUCAAGAUGCUGAAGACGAGGGGGACUGCCAAUGGAAUUAUGAGGCAAUUGAUGAUUUUUACAAAGGUGAUCUAAAGUGGCUUCCGGAUGAUGCUCUGGUGCAAUCUAAGGAUAAGCAUCAACAGUAUUACGAGGUUCAAGACUCAGACAUUCGAGAAAAUGAUUGGCUUAGUUUGUAUGCUGAAUACGCGUUUUUUCCGCUCUGGGAAAAUAGCUUGACAAAGCUCAAGUUUGGUGUGCCUCUGGAGAUCACGAAUGUGGUUGUGCAAACUCAUGAAGCCAUGGAGUCAAAGGACAAGCUCAAGGCCGGGAAUGCAAUCUUCUACAUUAGUUUCAGGGACAGGGCUCAAACCGAAGAUCAUAGAGCCGUGGUAAGAAGAACCACAGAUGGGGUUCUGGGACACCUUUCUCUUGCAGUUAAGUGUCCGGUUUAGGUCUGCUCUAUUGACUAAAUUUGGUUUGUUUUAAGAUGUUUCAGAUUAUCCUCUGCUGUUUGGUGUUCCAAUGUCAUUUACUGAAUAACAAAUAAUCCUAUCAAGUUGCUAUGUCUUAAUUUCAUUAAUCAUCCGUCCAUGUUAGUUAAUCAAGCUGAUUUUGUUUGUAUUAGUACCUUUUUUUAAUUCUA